CUAGACAUCAUUCACUGUUGUUAAUCACCAGUAGAUUGUAACUUCGAUACUCAGUUCUGACCCUCUGGCCUCUGCACUAUGUUGAAUACCUCUGAUGAUGCCAACUUUUCUUGCUACCACCCAUCAGUAGUGGACUAUCGUUAUGUCGCUGUAGUCUGGGGUGUGGUGGUGGCUGUGACUGGCACUGCUGGCAACCUGCUUACCCUGAUGAUUGUGGGUGCCCAGCCCAAGCUUCGUACCCAUUUCAACCUUCUCAUUGCCAACCUCACAUUGGCCGACCUCAUCUACUGUGCUCUUCUGCAACCAUUUUCUGUGGAUUCCUACCUCUAUCUUCGUUGGCGGGCUGGGGCUACUUUUUGCCGAGUCUUUGGUCUCCUCCUCUUUGCAACCAACUCUGUUGCCAUCCUCACCCUCUGCCUCAUUGCCUUUGGCAGAUACCUUCUCAUAGCCCACCCUACCCUCUUUCCUCGGAUCUUCACAGCCAAGGGAGUGGCAUUGGCAUUGUUUGGUACAUGGGUGUUGGGCAUGGCGAGCUUUGCCCCGCUCUGGCCCAUCUACAUCCUGGUGCCUGUCGUCUGUACAUGUAGCUUUGACCGAAUCCGGGGGCGUCCUUACACCACCAUCCUGAUGGGCAUCUACUUUGUGCUUGGGCUCAGUUGUAUUGGCAUUUUCUAUUGCCUCAUUCACCGUCAAGUGAGGCGGGCAGCCCAGGCACUGGACCAGUACAAACUACGUCAAACCAGCUUCCGACCUGGAAAUGUAGCUGGGGCUGGAGAAGCCCUACCUGGGCACUUUCAAGAGCUGGACAGUGGUCUGGCAUCAGGGGUGACCAGCCAGGGGACAUCAUCUGAGCCAGGCAGUACCCUGGAGAGUGACUCAUCUAAGAUAGGAAGCCAAGAAAACAAUAGAUUAUCUAGAGUAGAAAAGAACAGCCAAAGGGUGGCUACCCACAUGCUACCUGCUAAAGUGCCAAAGAAGGCCCAGGAUGGCUCAUCGGAGUUUGGGAAGGUGACUCGGAUGUGUUUUGUGGUGUUCCUCUUUUUUUCCCUCAGUUAUAUCCCUUUUCUGCUUCUUAAUAUAUUUGAUGCUCGGGUUCAAGCCCCACGAGUCCUGCACAUGCUUGCAGCCAAUCUCACCUGGCUCAAUGGUUGUAUCAACCCUGUACUUUAUGCAGCCAUGAACCGUCAAUUCCGUGAGGCAUAUGGGUCCAUCCUGAGACGGGGACCUCAGAGUUUCCGAAGACUCCGCUAACACUUUAGGCACUGGCAGGAAAUGGGUCCCACCUACACUACCAACAAAGUGGGCAUCAUGGCCAUAGGCACAAGCAGGACAUGUGGAGAUCUUCAUGGCCUGAGUCCCUUCUGUGCCCAUCUUUCUCACUUCUCUACCCUCUUUCUUUGUAUCAGCAUUACUAUUAAUAAACAGACUUUGUGGUGUUUGUCUCUCCAAUUUGGGUCCUGACAAAGAGGAACCAGGAUUGGGGCUCAAGCUGGGUUAAA